AUGUCUUUUGCCCGGAUCCCUGUAAUUGCACGACCUUUCGUCAGCGAAAGAGCCAAGAAGACACUGGAUCUUGUUGAGAACUUCGUGGAAGAAGACUGCAUUCCCGCGGAUACAGUAUUUGCACAGCAACUAAACGCAAAUGGCUAUGAUACCAAAUAUCAAUUUAGCACUCAUCCUACCGUUCUCGAGGACUUGAAACGGAAGGCAAAAUCUCUCGGACUAUGGAACUUGUUUCUGCCAAAAGCACACUUCAAGGAAGGUGCCGGGUUCAGUAACUUGGAGUACGGUUUGAUGGCGGAGCUUCUGGGCAAGAGCGAUAUUGCUCCUGAGGCUUGCAAUUGCAAUGCGCCUGAUACUGGGAAUAUGGAAGUGCUCGCCAAGUGGAGCAGUGGUGCUGGUGACGAGAACUGCAAGAUCUAUAUUGUGAUGGGCGGCGGUUUUGAGGUUGUCCAGGGUCGUCUCGGACCUGGACGUAUUCGUCAUGCAAUGCGUUCCAUCGGUGCUGCCGAAAAAGCGCUCGAGUAUAUGCUUGCGCGAUUGAACAACCCAGCAAAGAAGCCCUUUGGGCAGACUCUCUCUUCUCACGGGAUUCAACUUGAGCGAGUAGCCCGCUCUCGCAUCGAAAUCGAUACAGCCCGCCUUUCUGUACUGAAUGCCGCGAUAACAAUCGAUGAAAUGGGUGCCAAAGCUGCAAUGAAAGAAAUUGCUAAGUACAAGUACCUUCAAUGA